UUUAACUUAAUUAUAAAUAUCUACCUUAUAGAAUACUGCGCUCUAAACCCGCUAACUUUAGACUGUAUUAGCCUAGUUAUAUAUUUCUAUUAUAACUACUUUUCUUUUAUUAGAUUUCCUGCUAUAGUAGAUUUAGCGUUGCGAGUAAAUAAGCUAGGUAAAAGCAGUAUAACCUACGAAAUUAAAGUCUUUAAAAGAGGAGAAGAUACUAUUAAAAUAGUUAAAGAGUUUAUAUAUAUUUUUAUAAAUAGAAAUAAUUAG